AGAAACCAUUGAGAAUUUCCGAAUAAGUCAUGUUAUUUUGCAAGUGGAAAUCCACAGUAUGGGGUAUGCUUAGAUUACCACGAGCAUUUCAGGCAUUGAAGUGGAAUUUUUCUAACAUACGGUUCAAUUAUUCCAUACUGAAUACCGCUUUUAGUUUCAAUCGACAACGGGUGAAAAAUGUAUCGGAAAGAAUUGUUCCUCUGAAAAAUGGCACCUACAGACUUCUUGGAACUGUUGCAUUUGUGAGUUUGUUUAGUGCGAAAGAAAAGGAUCCAGUCAAAGAACACAUUCGAGCAGGGCAUAUUGCAGUAGCACGCGAGGACUACAGGGAGGCAGAAAAUGCAUAUCACUUGGCAUUACACACGGCACAGCAGCAAUUUCAGGAGAAAAAAAUUGACAAACGACAACUAACGUUAAUUAGAAUCUAUGCUUUUGAUGCAUUAGGAAACAUUGCUCUUAAGACAGGAAACCUGGAGAAAGCUGAGAAUCUAUAUAAAGAGACACUAAAAGUAGCAAUACACAAUGAAUUUUUAAAACAGACAGACAGUGCAGUGAUCGAGAUAAGCAUGCGGUUAGCAGCUAUUUAUGCGAUGAUGGGAAAAGAGGAGGAGACCCACUCUGGUUACCAGUUCUGUAUCAAAACCCUGGAGGAUAAAAUUACAGAAAAUCCAGAUGAAAGCCCCAGUACAUUUGGUCUGCUGGGAAUGUCCCUGGAAAGUUAUGCCAAGUAUCUUCUGAAGUCUAAACAGUUUGAUAAAGCUUUGGGAUACCUUCAGCGUUCUGAAGAAAUUGUUAUGAAAUAUCUAGGAGAAGAACACCCACAAAGGAUUGUGGUUUUGAAUGAUAUCGCUACAAUUUACAUUGUAAAGAAUGACUUGGUGAAAGCAGAGGAGAUACUGAAAAGAGCUUUAGCUAUUGGGCAUGCCAGUAAGGAUCCAACAUUACCGGUUUUGUAUUGCAAUUUAGGGGCUUUGUAUCUAAGACAAUCUAAAAUAGAUAAAGCUCUAGAAAAUUGCAAAAUGGGUGAAAAGCUUGGAGGAGAAAUGAGGAAUCCUGAAGCAGUUAAAAAGGCUAAAUUUUGUAUCGGGAAAUGUUCCCAAAAAUAAAUUGUGUAUUAAAUCAAUUUCAAUAUUUUGGUUUUAGGAAUUUGAAAUAAAUAUAGUGUUGUAA